GAUUUCACCUAUCAGACAUCAGUUGUGAAUUGUGAUAAAAAUGACGAACAUUGUUAUUCCUUGAAAAAUAUAAUAUUAUAAAUUGUAUCUAAUAAAUAUGACUGUGUGGCGAAAACUAGAAAAUCAGGAAUGUUAUGCUAUUGCUGUCUACAACUUCAGUUCCACACCGCCACAUCUACAGCUGGAAGUUGGCGAGCUGGUUCACAUAGAGAGGGAGUGCAGGGACUGGUAUUGGGGCCGCAGCCUUCGGAAGGAGGCUUGCGGUGCUUUUCCCAAGAACUACGUCGUCAUAAGGCAGUGCCACGUUGAAAGAUGUGGCGAGACAGUGGUGGCAUCUGCAGGCGGAAGUGGAGUGGUACACGACAUAGCCCUCACUCUUCGCGAAUGGCUGCAACACUGGAAACUAUUGUACACGAAAAACGACGAGCGCUUCAAAUUCAUGGAAGUGAGUAUGAGAGCGCUUCUGGAGCUACGAGGGCAGGCUGCCUCGGGGGCUCUGCCACAGGACUUGCUGCGAAGAGUCGCCAGGACUGCGGUGUUCACCAUCGAUAAAGGCAACAGAACGCUGGGUAUGGAGCUCGCAGUCAGAACAAUUAGUGGACAACUAGUAGACCCGCUCACAACGUCUACCUUCAAACUGAACGCCUUGCACGAUGAAGCCAAUUCACGGAUUGAUAAGAAUAUGGACACAACACCCUCGAGCCGACCGAGCAGUCAGAUGCCCACGGUCAGGUCGUACACUGUGGUGGUCCACAUCAAGAACUUCGUGUGCCGCAUGUCGGACACCGCGGAAUUGUCGCUGGCGUUGCACGACUCAAGCGGCACCAAGCUCACGGAGAGUGUCCUGCUGAAGUGGUCACCGCAGCUGGCUAUGGAACUGUUCACCGCGCCAUCUUUGGUUUUCACUGACCUGGGCAGUGAUAUUAAGAAAGAGAAGAUAUUUCUAGUCUGUCAUAUAGUUAGGAUAGGAUCUAUGGAAGCACAUAAUGAUGAUCACAGACGCAGUACGGUUGGUGGGUGUACGCCGGUGUCGCCGGUUGCGGGCUUCUCAGAGGGGGCGGGGCUUCGGCGACCAUUCGGCGUGGCGAUCUCUGACGUCACACAACACCUUGCUACUGACAACUCUGACAAGGAAAUACAACUGCCGUUCUACCCAUGUGAGAAAGACAACAUGGACUCUCUACUCAAAAAGGUGAUCUCCAAUAGGGAUCUGAAAGAGCAGAAACAAACUCAGGGCCUGUGGGUCUACUUGCAAAUGGUUGAAGGUGAUCUGAAACAGAUACGACAAGAAAACCCACACAUAGUCGUUGGCAACACAGCGUUCGCUCGCAAAAUGGGAUUCCCCGAAGUGAUACUACCGGGUGACGCGCGGAACGAUCUCUACGUCACGAUAUGUUCUGGAAGCUUCUCUCGCGGCGGAAAGUCUACGGACAGAAACAUCGAGCUGCGAGCGAGAGUCGUGGACAAGAACGGGAGGUUGAUACCGGGCGUCAUAUCUGCCGGCGCUGGAGUACCAUUGAUGAACGAAUACACAUCCAUAGUGUAUUACCAUGAGGACAAACCGCGAUGGCAGGAAGUAUUUAAGGUGUGCCUCAAUAUCGAGGAGUUCAAGGAGGCACACAUCGUGUUCCUGUGCAGGCAUCGAAGCUCGAACGAGGCGAAAGACCGCAGCGAGCGAAACUUUGCUCUGGCAUAUCUGCGUCUCAUGCAGCGUGAAGGAACUACCGUGCCUGACGCUCAGCAUCACUUGGCUGUUUAUAAGAUUGACUACAAACGUUCACAAACGAGUGAAAUUGAAACAGAGGCUAGUGCCGCAUGUCUGGGUCUGCCGUCCAGAAGAGAUGAGCUGCCCGCCGGGUCUGAACGCGGGUUGACCAGGGCUCCACUGUCACUGGUUCAUAGGGACACAUUGACAGUGGCUACUAAGCUGUGUUCCACCAAGCUAACUCAAAGAGAGGAGAUCCUGGGCGUGCUCAAGUGGAGCACUCACCACGCUGAAGGCACUCUUCGUGAUGCGCUCUCGAGUCUCCUGCGAGUGCCCAAUGAUGAACUGGUCAAGUUUCUGCAGGACAUCCUCGACGCACUAUUCUCGAUACUGACUCAGGUGGAAGAAGAUUGCGCGGAGUACAGCGAGAAGAGUUACGCGGUACUCGUUCUUGAUUGCCUCCUUCUGGUGAUAUCUCUGGUCAGCGACCACAAAUACCAACACUUCCAGCCCGUACUCCGGGUCUACAUCGAGAGCAGCUUCUGUGACGCUCUUGCUUACGAAAAGCUGAUAUCUAUAAUGGUGUGGACGAUCCGGUCGGCUGAGAACGGCGAAGUGGCUUCGAAGCGUCUGCUGCAGUGUAUGAAGUGUCUGGAGAGUUUGGUGCGUGUGCUCGUCAGGUCCAGGCAGCUGCGAGCAGCGCUGGCCACCGGCCGUGAUGGUGAACCCUACUGUCAGCAGUUACAGAGUCUGCUGGAGGCGUUGGUAUGGUUGAUGCGGUGCGGAGACCACGCACUGACCUGCCAGGGUUCCGCACUCAAGUACCUGCCGCACGCUAUCCCGCACAUGAUCACGAUAUAUCCAGACACCAAGCUCAGUGAGUACACAGUUUGGGCGCUUGAGGCGUUACCGUUGACUCGGCUAUCGAACCAACGUCUCCACGCAUUGCUUGAACUCGUUCGAGGACCACUCGGAACCAACGCGGCCGCUCGAGCGAGGCUGCUACCGCAUCUGGCACAAACCUUGAAAGCCUUACUGAGGGCCCCAGCUGAGUGGGAGCGCGAAGUGGCGCUCAAGUCUCGCUCUGUGGGCAAAGCGGCGCGACUUCUCGGCGCUGACACCGCACGCCUGAUCGACCACACGCAACAACAACAGCUUGUUGAACUGUGCGUGGAAACGUUGGGAGAAGUCGUUAGUCUGCUGGCAAGAGAUGAUGUUGGACCAGUUGAUACUGACAGAGGAGUGUUAGCAAGAGCUUUGCUUCCUACGGUAUUGAAAAUUGCUGUAGCUAUGAUAAAAGAUAGAGGCAGAGAUGAAAAUAUCGCGAACGAUGAUCCAUUAAUACGUAAACUUAUUUGCGUAUUAUUGGAUAUGGUCCGCCAAAUGUCUGAAGAACAAUACUUGACAGUGAUGAAAUCUGUAGAUGCGGAGGGAUCUGGGAAGACUGAUUCAUUGGUAGGUGACGCUCUGGCAUUGAUGACGUCUCUUUUACAAAGGCCAGUUGUCAGACCACACUGGGCUGAUAUGCUACACGUACAACAUUACGUUAUGCUUCAUGCGCUCAGGUUGCUUGCCCGUACAUUGCGCGAGAAUUUAUUAACAAUAGAUGAGAGUGAUACCGAUGCAAUUUCGACCCUACACCAGACCUUGCAAGAUUGGUUUGAGACUGUCGGGUUAGUGGCAGCCUCGCCGCCACUACAGUUGGAAAAUUUCCCGGCCUCAAGAAGACAGAGGGCUAUGAUGUUGUAUGGUGACAUAAGAAGAAGUGCCGCCAGUUUACUUAGUGAAAUGUGGCAUGGCCUGGAGGAACAUAAACGCUACUUUAUACCGCAACUAGUGGGUCCCUUUUUGGAAGUAAGCUUUCUAUGCGACGAUGAAGUCCGCAACACUAUUAUACCGCUGUUCUUCGAUAUGAUGCUGACUGAAUACAGAUACACACAGGAGACUUAUGGUGAGGGCAAUCUCAGAAGCUUCGAAAAUGAACUGAUUGAUAAACUUGACGUACUCGCGGAGGGAGGACGCGGAGACGCUCAGUGGCGUGCGCGGUUUGUGUCACUAUGCGGCACAGCUUGCGGUGCUCUCGAAGUGGACGCGGGACUUAGAAUAGCGGGCUCAACCCUGGUGGCAGCUGCCGCGCGGCAACUGGAUGCUUUGCUACAGUACCGAGCUGCGCCGCCGCCACACCGCAUGUAUCUGAUCACUAGCGUGCUGCGCUUCUAUGAGCAGAUAGAGCGUCCGCACAUGUACAUACGGUAUGUUCAUCGACUGGCCGCCAUGCACCGCGCGUCAAAUCACUCGGCGGAAGCCGGACUUACGUUACAACUGCACGCGAAACUGUUGGAGUGGAGCCCCGCCCCCCUGCCCCCGCGUCUGAGGCAUCCUACCGCGCCCGACGCACAUCACACACAUAUUGAUCUCAAGAUAUCGCUGUACGAAGAAGUAGCCCGCCUCUUAGAACACGGCCAUCAAUGGGAGUUGGCCGUGGAAGUAGUCAAGGAGCUCGUGUCAGUUCAGCAGCUCCAGUACUCAGCGCUUGCUCAGCUACACGAUCUCCUGGCCGCUCUGUACCGCGCUAGUCUGAAGGAGACUAGACUGCCUACCUCUUACUUCAGGGUGAGGUAUCUUGGCAAAGGAUUCCCACCCCAUCUGUUGAAUGCCAAGGGGUUCGUGUACCGCGGCAACGAGUGUGACAUGUUGCACAACUUCAAGGAGCGCAUGUUGGACGAGUGGCCUGAGGCUGAAGUGCUGCUCAAGUUGGAUGAGCCGGGCGAGGACAUCACGGAGUCCGACGGACAGUACCUACAAAUAAACGCGGUGACGCCGCUGAUGGCCGAUAAGUUCACACACCUGCUCGAGAAGCAGGUCGAUGACCGCAUCGUGCAGUACUACGAGCAUAACAACGUGAACAAGUUUAUGUAUUCGCGCCCCGUACACCGGACUGAAGACGUGUUGAAUGGUUCGAGCGACGAUCUUUCGGCUGUGAACGAAUUCGCGACGAGGUGGCUGGAAAGAACGGAGAUAGAAAUAAGCGACACCUUGCCUGGUAUUCUACGCUGGUUCCCGGUCAUAUCGUCACGAACAUACUGGGUGUGUCCGCUUGAGGUCGCCAUAGAGACCAUGACCAACAGUAACAGACAGCUGAAGCGACUGAUCAUGGACAGCAAGUCUCCCCCAGUGCCUCUUCAUCCACUAACAAUGAGGUUACAAGGAAUAUUGGAUUCUCCAGUUCAGGGUGGUCUAGUGAACUACGAGCGGGCGUUCCUUAGUACGACAUACGAAGUUCGUCACCCUGAGCAUGGACCACUGUUACAACAGCUCAGAGAGCUAAUAGUGGAGCAAGUGCCUUUGCUCAAAUGCGGUCUGGAGGUGCACGCGUCUCGCGAUCCUCAAAAGGAUAUGCACGCGCAUCUCGUGACGUGCUUCAGAAGAAUGCAACAACAUGUGCAACAGAGAUACGGACUUAGGACAAGCGAUCUAAACGAGUCGGCCAGCGAGUCGUGGGAGGUGCAGCUACGUCGGUCGACCAUCGGCGCUGCCAGCCCUGUAUCCACCUCCUCCACCGGCACCUCGCUCUCCGCACGGAACAGCCAGGGAGACAGCGACCUGCGAUCACUGCACACCAGCUCGAGGAUAUCUGACGUGUCAGCCAACGAGUCUACGCCAAAAUCCAAGUUCAAACUCAACUCGGCGAUAAACUGGACGAGGAAUAGCAGCAGUGGUACUCUCACUCCAAGACACAAGAAGAGAAGUAGAAAGAGUGAGGUGAGUGUUCAGUCGAGCGGCAGCCAAUGGUACACGACGGCCACUGGUAACGGUCUGGGCAGUGUCAACAAUGCGGUAACAGCCGCUAUUAAUGCCGCAUUUAAUAAUAACGUGCUGAAUGCCGGCUUGGAAGUUUCGCCGCUGAGAGAGCUGCGACAGGAGCUUGUGACAGAGCGUCCCCUUCGCGCCGAAGUCGAGAGACGUCUGUCGCAGCGAGCAAGCUUUAUAACCACUUCUGAACCUGCUUCCAAUAGAGACUCGCUAGGAACAACGGACUCAAACCAAGACGACGAAGAACCCCCGCCUCUCCCGCUGAAACAAUCCCACCGAAGCCUCGAUCUCGACUCAGAGAACAACAACCUGGAAGCGAACGCGCUACCCACGAGGUACAACUACGACCAGGUCAUCUCACCGCGGAACUCGUACUUGUAUCAGUCGAGGCGGCGAAACACGUGCGACCUCCCCCCCACCACGGAAAAGGCGCCCACCCCUCCGCCGAAGAAACGUAAUCAACCAAACGCUUAGUAACUAAGAAAACGAAAAUUAUAGACUUACUUUUAUUAAAUUUAAGAGCGAAGUUACCGAGAGUUUCCAAAUUAGAUUGAUAUGUUUUUUUUUUCUGUAGGUAUCUAUUAUCUACCCAUCUCUUAACUUGACAAAAUAAAUAUAUUUUUAUCAUUAUUAUCAAAGUAUUAGACGAUAAAGAAACUGGUGUGAACUGUGUUUUUACUUCUAUUAUAAUUAACUAUUAACUUUCUAAACCGGACAUAAUAUUUUGUUAAUUUAUAUAUGUAAUUGUAUGUAGGUAAUAUAAUAUAAAAUAUCAAAAUUGAAAAUCUACUUUAGAUUGUUGCCUAGCAAUGGUAUAUCAUCAUUCAGAGUAGAAAAUUAAAGUUAUAACUUAAUAAUUUAUAGGGAAAAUAAAGCUAAAUCUUCAUUUAUUACUCGCAAGAGUAGUAUUGACAAGCGGCUGGGGUUUUUUUUUAAUAUAACAUUGCUGUUGAGUUGAUGUAUAUUCCGUCUCAUAAUUUUUAUGUUUCAUUUUACAGUGUGUUCUAUAAUUAAGAACAUUUUUUUAUUGAUAAUUGUUUUCAGACAUUUUUGGCACUUUUCUUUGUUUUUUUUUUUAUGUUUGGGGUUAUCACACACAAAUCCAUAGAUCUUUUGUGCCUCUUAAUGUCGGGUACACACGCUUUGAUUUUACACACCAGAGAGAUUGUAAAUACUAUGUAAUAAGAGACGGGACUGCCUAAGUUAAAUUUGAAAUUUAGUUUAGUAUGAAACGUGCAGUACGAUUUGACAUAAGUUUGAAAUAGUAGUAAUUACAAUAUGGCGACGAAGUAUAAUCCGGUUAAGUUUGAAAGCGAACAGUUGCUUGAAACGUAGUGAAUUUCGGCUAACACCGUUUUUUACAAGUUUAUUGAGCGAAGCGAAGCUGAGCGGAGCUCCCACCGGGUGACUCCAAUUGAUUUCUGUGUUAAAUUGUUUCUCGGCCAUUAAUGGACCGAUUUUAAAAAAAUUUGAACGCAUAGAAAGCUUUCGAAAUUUUCUAGGUUAUUUUCAAGACAGAAUUUUGAAUAUCGACUUGAUUCAAUUAUUAUAAUCAAAAACAAACAUGAUUGACCAAAUAAGGCGCAUAAAAUUCCUCAUGUUUAAAUAUGGCGCCAAAUUCCAAAAGAUUCUUUUUAUUAUUUUUGUAUACAGACUUAGUUUACUUCUUCGCUUCGCUCAAACAUACGCUGCAGCGAAGCGGUAUGACAAGCGAUUGCGGCAUCCUAGUAGCCGUCAUCUAUGAAUCGCUUUUUUUAGAGUUUCGCUAGGCUGGAUACACACUAGGAGCUAUGGAAAUCAAGUCUUACUUUCUCUUUCUGAAUUGGAGUUAUACCAUGCCAUCUAUAUCACGUUUUGAAUACCAAUUCUUUGAGGCAAUGUUCUUUAAGUGUUAGAGAAUUUUUAGUAUAGAAGUGUUCAACUACAAUCUUUAAAUUGACAUUAUUAUUCUACUUAAAAAUAUUUUUAGUGCUAGAAUUGUAUAUUAAAUUAUUGAUUUUAGGUUAGUAAAUAGGUCUAUUAUUUUUACAAUAACUUCAACAUAAGUUAAGCGAUAUACUCUACACUGAUAUUAUUGACAUAGAUAAUGAUCAGCUAAAACUGUGAUUAAAGACAGUUCAAUAGAGUUUGAGGUCAUGACGUCACAAAUACAUUUUUAUGUUUUAACAUUCUUUUUAAAUAUUCGAAUGGCUUGCAUUAUUGGUCUCCGCUCCAACUAGAUACCGCAGGCGUAGUCGCAAAGUGCGGCAACUAGUACUACGCCCAAGUGGGCGUACUCGAGCCGUUUUUAAAACUUACUUUGUUGAUACUGUAUUUCGGUCUAAGUUGGAUCUUCCGACGUGUGUUUAGUGUAAAUUUUGUGUAUCAUACUAAGAUCAUUUAUACCUCUAGAUAGACUGUGACAGCUGUGACAAAACGUCGAAAAAAAUUGUGGCUGACAGUUAACCUUUAUUUUGAGCAACACACGUGCGCUUAAACAAUGAGAGGCUCCUUUGCACAGGUUGCUGGAUAGAUUAUGGGUAUCACAACGGCGCCUAUUUCUGCUGGGAAACAGUAAUGUGUAAACAAUACUGUGUUUCGGUCUGUAAUUACUGGCCAAAUGACACUUAACAUAUUAUGUCUCAAGGUGACGAGCGCAAUUGUAGUGCCGCUCAGAAGUUUUGGGUUUUUCAAUAAUCCUGAGCGGAACUGCAUUGUAAUGGGUAGGGCGUAUCAAUUACCAUCAGCUGAACACCUUGCUCGUCGCGUUCCUUAUUUUCAUAAAGAAAAAGUGACAAACAAACCGCGAGUGUAAGACGUAACCUGUCACGCACACUAAAGUAAUAAAACUGGCUUGUUUUCUUCGGUUGUCUAGCAGCAAGACGCUCUAUCUAGACGUAUAAAUUAUUUAAGAUAUCAUAUACAUAUUGCGGGUACCUGCUUAUAGAGUGACAUAGACUUUAAUAUCCAAACGCACUUUUAGGGUUCCGUAGUUGAUAUAUAGUGCCAUUAAAUAAUUUAAAUCAGUUGAAAUAGAUUUUAAAAAUAUAUCAUGUAUUAAGCGUGUCCGCAAAUUCCAAACACAACUUUACUUCUUAAUAGUAAAAAUUAUUUUGUAUGUCUCUGCGGGUAGUUGUACAUUUCACGUACAUGAACGAUGGUUAUAGUUUUAAGUGAUUUUAUUUAAUUUUUAGAAGCUUUAAUGUUUUUAAGUUGUUAAUAUCGGUUGUAAUGACGAAAUAUUUUUGAUUAAUUAAUAAUUGGAAAUUAUUGAAUAUUUAGAUGGGUUUCGAACAAAACUUCUGCGUUUAAGGUACAUUUGUCCCAUGCAACUUAAAGGUUUCCAUCAAUACUACUUAAUAUAAUAUAAUGUAUACUAUUGUAAUUUUUGAAUGUUUGGCUUUGUGUAAGUACCCUGAAAAUUAAAUUUGUUAUUCAAAUUUAUGAACGAUGCGGGACUCGAAAGCGCUCUUCCGACUGAGCCAACCGUUCGAGUGACGUAUGCUUUCGUAAAUCUUGAUAUGUCUUGUUCAACUCUCAGGUUGUGGCUUCAUCUACAGGAUCUACUUAACAGUUUAUAACCUGCUCAACCCCAAUAAUUGCAUAUUAGGAAAUUGACUUGAGAUGUCGAUCUUUUAAAGCAAAGAAAAAUUGAAAUAACAAAUUGUUUAGAUUUACGAACCAUACGUCACUCGAACGAUUAGCCCAGUUGAAGAGCGCUUGGACGGAACCCGAGAGGUCGCGGAUUCGAGCCCCGCAUCGUUUAUAAAUUUUGGUUACAAAUUUAAUUUAAUUAAUUAUACAUAUUAAAUAUAAAUUAAUUGUUCACUUAAAAAAUACUUUGAGGUUUUUCUUAUUAAAGAUUUCGUUCGCUGAUGGAGCAAAUAAGCAAAUAGUUUUGUAUAGCUACAAAUGUAUGUGAUAUUUGAUGGCCAUUAUUCCAAAGCAAUAAAUAGUGUCAUAUAUUAUAAGUAUAGAAAAACUUAUUUAUAUAAAGUUACAGAGAUUAGUUUAUUAAAAAAAAAUUGUCUGAAGUGAAGACGUCACAAGUUCGUUUUAUAUACUUUUGGGUUUUUUACGAAAUAUUUUAGGAAGUAUUUUUUAUUAGAAAUGAUUAUCAACAUAUUAGGAAGGUAAAUUUCACGUUUGCUAUUUAAGUUAUAAAUAAAAAGGAAUAAUAAUUAUCUAUUUAAAUUUUAUAAAUUGGACUUUCAACGUAUUUCACCCAUGUUAAAAGAAUUCUCUUUUGUUUUUUUCAUAUAAAAAAAUUUUUUUCAAAUAAAUAUGCCAUGAGCAUGUGUCGAAGUCAAUCGUGCUGCGAAUCUAUAAGGUUUUCACCUACUUGCGGGGGCUUAAGUAUUUUUAGUUUUAAGGUUACGUGACUCGUUUGAAAGUAAGACUUAAUUUAAUGAGAUUAAAAGCUGAUACACACAUUGGCAUACAAUUAAGAGGCUAGAGGACAGAGGGUAAGAUUGAAAAUUUAGUAUUAUUUUAACACUUUAAUUUUAUUAUUUAGUAAAAUUUUAUUGGACUUUACUUAACUAUAAACUCUUUAAUAAAAAUCACAAAUUGAAAUAUUAUGGUCAAAUUUUGAUUGCUCGGUCAGCAAAUAGUUUAAAUCAAUAAUAAUCCAAUCAAAAGACCGCGUAACCUUUCUAAGGCCAGUUAAGGCCUUUUGACUCCUCUCGAGUUGAAGGACUAUUUAGGACAACUUAACAUCAGGUGUACUGUACGCUCGUUUGAUUUUUUUAUGGAAAAUUUUCGCCCGCGCUCACAAUUUCUUGUAACACCAGAGGAAUCACAGGAGCGUUACCGUCCUUUAAGGAAGGUGUAUGCGGUUUUUUUUUUGAUGGUCCCCACGUCGUAUCCUCCGCUUUCGUAAAAAAGAGAUGAUUUAACAUAAAUUAGUUUUAUUUCUUCGGUAACAAAUAAUUAUUAAUAUAAAAACCUUAAUGGAUAUUAUAACAAUGCACAGUGUAAUACUUUGAGAACUGUAUAAAUGUUAUAAGUAGGUAUAGUUUAAGAAUAAGAUAUAUUUACGUUGUAUAAAAGUUAAUUAUUAUACACGUCUAUUUAAUUGAUUUGUUAUCAGACAUUGUUAUUGCGAAUAAAAAUUAAUUUUAUU